UUCACUUCUUCGGGCGGCGUCGAGCGGUGCGGAUGGUUUGUCGUCGCGUUAGGGUUGGGUUUUUCGAUUAUACAUAUUCGUAGAGGCGCUGCGCAUGCGAAACAAAUAGAAAAGCAGAACCGAGUGCGAAAAGAACUAGAGCAAGAACGUUAAUGAUAAUAACACCUUCGAUGUGACAAAAAGAAAGCAAACGCAACUAAGUGCAGCGGGAAAAUGCAGACCAAAUAAUGGCAGAGAUUUUUACCGAGUACUUACCAAUGUGCGUCGCCAGCAGUAUUGUUUGAGCAGCAUUUUGACUCGGACUUGGCCCGAUCGCGAUCGCUCAUCGCUUAUCGCUUGCGCAAUAGCGUUUACCUUACCCAAUUUCGUACCGCCCACAAAACGCCGACGCCGUGUGCUCCCCUUGCAGCAGUAUCGAUUCGUGGGCUCUAUUUACAUACCUGCAGCGGCCUUAUCACAGGGAGCGCCCAUUAGCACAUUCUCGGAGACGGAGAAAACCUACCGAGGAUUAUUCAAAUAUUUGUGUGCCUGCCCUCUUCGCCGGGCGAUAAGAUGACCACCGGAGUGGUGUCCAGGUGCAAUAGUGCCAUAAAUUGAAGCCACGUUUCGGGUCCACUAAGCCCCAUCAGUUUAGAGCCCCAGUCCCAGAGAGCGCCCCCUCCUUAGCCACGAUGAGCAGCCUGCGCCCGGGCAGCGUUAGUGAUACCACGCCGCUCCAGAGGUUCGAAAGCCAGAGCAGCAGCGGCGAAGAGCCGUCUUCGCCGACGGCUUCUAGUAUCAUAGCCGCUGCCGCCGCCGCCGCCGCCGCCGCUGCUGCGUCCUCGAACCAAGCGCCCAACCACAACAACAACAAUGUGAAGCUGGACCUCCAGUUGCCAACUUUCGUUGGUAACUCCGGCGGCCAUGGGUACAUUGUGCCCAACAACAAGGCGGCCUUACGGGGCCCGCGACAAAUCUUCGGAAGGAUUCUCAUGGACCUCUGUUUGCUCAGCUGCGUUGGUCUACCCAUGCUGGGACUCUCGCUCUAUGGCGAAGCCUUCAAGCGCGGAUUCUUCUGCGACGAUUCUUCGCUGCGACAUCCCUAUAAAGAGUCCACCAUGCCCAGCUGGAUUCUUUACCUGAUGUGUGGCGCCUUGCCCUUUUCUGUGAUGAUUGUGGUGGAGUUCUUCAGGGCCCAGGACAAGCGGGGUUCUUUUCAGAAGCACAGGAUGGGCAGUGGCUACCACCUCUGCCACUUGGAGUUGCCCUCUUGGCUGCUGGAGUGCUAUCAUAGGAUAGGAAUCUUUGUCUUCGGGCUGGGCGUAGAGCAGCUAUCCACGAAUAUAGCCAAGUACUCUAUUGGCAGACUUCGGCCUCACUUCUACACUCUCUGCCAACCCAUUAUGAACGGCACCGAUUGCAGUAACCCCAUAAAUGCGGGACGUUAUAUCGAGGAUUUCUCCUGUGCAGCCUUAGAUAUAACUUCAAAGCAGUUUAAGGACAUGCGCCUAUCCUUUCCCAGUGGACACGCCAGUUUCGCCUGCUAUGCCAUGCUCUAUCUGGUGAUUUACCUACAACGUAGAAUGCUGUGGAAGCGCAUGCGUAUGCUGAGGCACCUUCUCCAAUUUCUGCUGCUGAUGUUCGCCUGGUACACGGCUCUUACCAGAGUUUCCGACUAUAAGCACCACUGGUCCGAUGUUCUGGCGGGAUCAGGAAUCGGUCUUACCUAUGCUGUUAUUGUGACGUCUACUAUGUGGUAGUUGGGUUUUGGAACCUCGACCUUAAGGGGGUUGCAAACCCCUCAACCCACCGCUUUGAGCUGCUGUCGCUUUAGGAAGUCUUAGCUGCCGAAAUUUCAGUUUUAUCUUAGUUUUAAAUUUGACCAUGUCUGCUAAGUAGUAUCUAUUUAUCUGUGUGUGAAGAUUUUACUUAAUAAACUUCAGUUUAAUGUGUUUUAUCCUA